AUUGUUUUUUUUUUUUUUUAACUUAAAUACAUUGCUGCAUAAUGGCACUAGAUGACAGUAUUGCUGCGCAGAUAAACACUUCCCAUCCUCCUGUCUCCAUGAAGUCGUUCUCAAAGAAUCUUCUAACAUCUCGGACACCCGAUAUCACGUGCUGAAGCCACUUGACUAUCCCCAUUUUUUUUGCCAAUGUUGUGUGACCUCUGGACAUGACCUCCCAACAUCGGACACCCAAUUUCACCUUCCCAAGUCACGUGACGACCCCUUUCUUUGCAGCUGUCUCAGCGAAGCCCUCGGUAUGCAGUUCCACGCGCCGUUGACGCAGGAUGCGCCCGGAAAGCAACCUAUUCACAGCUGUGAUGAAACAGAAAUUAUCCUGACGCCAUCUUUGGUUAUCUUCUGGCAAGAUCCGGCUGUGCUGCACUCACACCUGCGUCUGCCUCUCCAAACCCGACAUUUCUCCAUCCCGAGCCCAAGCAUGGCACUGCUGAAGUCGUUUUUUGCGAGCCUGUCCAGGACGAAGCCUCUGGAGCCCGAUGGGGAGAAGUCCACCUUUAAUCGAUGCCUGACCACUCUGGACCUGGUGGCACUCGGUGUUGGCAGCACUCUUGGAGCCGGCGUCUACGUGCUCUCCGGUGAAGUGGCCCGAGAAACGGCCGGGCCCAGCAUCAUCAUAGCCUUCUUCAUCGCCGCCCUGGCAUCCAUAUUUGCGGGACUGUGCUACGCAGAGUUUGGCUCCAGAGUUCCUAAAACAGGCUCAGCAUACCUUUACAGCUAUGUGACCGUCGGGGAGCUGCUGGCUUUUAUCACCGGAUGGAAUCUGCUUCUCUCCUAUGUCAUCGGGACGUCCAGUGUUGCGAUUGCAUGGAGUGGGACGUUUGAUGACCUCAUCGGGGGUGUCAUGUCCAAAUACUUGGCAGAGAAUGCAGCGAUGGACCUUCCAGGGUUGGCACCCUACCCAGAUCUCUUUGCCGCUUUUCUCAUUAUGAUUCUGUCUGGCUUGCUCUCCUUUGGAGUGAAAGAGUCAACCACAAUCAACAAGGUCUUUACUGGGGUCAACAUCCUGGUUUUGGUCUUUGUCGCCAUCUCAGGCUUCAUCAAAGGAGACAUCGCUAACUGGCAAAUCAGUGAAGAGGAUUUGCUCAACGCCACAGCGCAACUCAGUAACCUGAGCACCACCGCCAAUCUGACAAGCAACUUUGGAAUGGGUGGCUUUUUUCCCUACGGCUUCAGUGGAACCCUGGCCGGGGCCGCAACAUGCUUCUACGCCUUUGUGGGCUUUGAUUGUAUCGCAACGACAGGCGAGGAGGUGAAGAACCCUCAAAAGUCUGUUCCAGUUGGGAUUGUGGCCUCUCUGCUUAUCUGCUUCUUGGCCUACUUUGCUGUUUCUGCCGCGCUCACACUGAUGAUGCCUUACUACAUGCUCAGCCAAAAAAGCCCCCUUCCCGUUGCCUUCGAACACAUCGGCUGGGGUGCCGCCAAAUAUGUCGUGGCUGUGGGGUCAUUGUGUGCUUUGUCCACAAGCCUUUUGGGCUCCAUGUUCCCGAUGCCCAGGGUGAUGUUCGCCAUGGCAAGAGAUGGCCUUCUUUUCCGACCCUUGACCAAAGUCACCUCCAGGGGUAGUCCUGCUGUGGCAACCAUAUCAUCUGGGACUGUGGCAGCCAUCAUGGCUUUGCUGUUUGACCUGGACGCCUUAGUGGAGAUGAUGUCUAUCGGGACCCUUUUUGCUUACACACUUGUGGCGAUAUGUAUCCUAAUACUGAGGUAUCAGGUCGCUCCAUCUGAUGACGGAUGUCUACAAAUCAUAGAAUCCAACACCAAAUUUGGCUUCAUAAAGCCGCCAUCGUCUCCAAAUUCAGAGACCUCAAAAAGAGUUACUAGUCUGAUUUUACUCUCCGUUGCAUGUGUGGCUGGUCUGUGCAUCACCCUGAGCCUGGCUAUCGAUGCCUUAUACCGCGUGGAGACAUGGAGUGUGAUGCUGGUCGCCAUCCUUUCCCUUAUCUUGAUGUUUGCCGUUUUUCUCAUCUGGAGGCACCCACAGAACUCCCAAAAGGCGUCCUUCAUGGUGCCUUUACUCCCUCUGCUGCCCAUUGUGAGUGCUCUUAUAAACAUCUACCUCAUGUUCCAGUUGGAAGGCGCCACGUGGUUACGCUACGCUAUCUGGAUGGCAAUAGGCCUGCUCAUCUAUUUUGGCUACGGGCUGCAUUAUAGCGUCCUGAACAAGCAUCACAAAACCAAGCCUCCAACCAUCGAAACCAUCAGUGAAAAAGCAGACAAGGACAUGUUAAAGGUGUGCCGAUUAUGAGCGCCGGCGGGAUGGGGCGAGAUGUAGAGAGAUGUUACUGUGAGUCGCUGUUUUGUAAAUGUGAGUUAACUGUAAACACCGCUGGCUUUCCUUGCUAAGCAUCCGUGGUUCGCAAUGACUUCAUCACACGCUCAUGCAGUUCAAGCUUCCACGCACAUUUCAUUUCAUGUUUUCUACUGUCAGGUUCCGCACUACUUUUCUUAUUAAUCAUAUUUAUCUGUAAUUUUUUUGGUGAAGUCGUUCCUGCAUCCGUGUGCUUAUUAAACUCUAGAUGUACAAAGUAAGACAAAUCUGCUGCUAAUUUUUGUACUUUUUAAUUUUCUUUGGAUUAUAAGAAAUUUGUAAUUGGGAUUUAUUGAUAUUCAUUUUUUACACAAUUAUUUUUAUCACCUGCCGGACGUUAGAGGAUUUUCCGAUUGUUGUUGUCGACGCCUUUUAGCAUGUUUCUUGUAUCAGAGUUGAAAUAUGAAGAGUUUACAUGUUUUCUAAUGAUAAAUUGUGAAUGUAUACUUUAAUUAAAGAGAACCUAACGUCCUUAA